UGACCCGUGAGCACAAGCGUGGGUCAACAAGCACCCUGCGGAGAGCAACGAAAGCAUAAAUCUCCAGCUUCAACUACUUUACUGUCACUCUUCAUAUAUAUUUAUACAUCCAGAGCCUUUGUUUGAUCAUCUUCUUCAAUUUGUGAUGUGAAAAAGAGAGACGGAGUAUGCAGGGCUACUCUGUGUUUUCACUUAAAGUUUCUUCCUUUACCUCUUUUCCUUCAAACCCCACAUACUCUUCAUUACCCUUUAAAGCUGCUAAAUUCAACUCAUGGAGAAAAAGGCUUCGUGUUGUCAAUCCUUCUGAUUAUGCCCCCAACAACCCUUUGCUUUAUUUCAAGGUACAUGCAACUGCUGCUGAAACUGAUCAACCAAAAUGGUGGGAAAAAAAUGCCUCAAAUAUGGUUGACAUUCAUUCAACUCAAGAAUUUUUAGAUGCUUUAAGUCAAGCUGGAGAUAAAUUAGUGAUUGUUGAAUUUUAUGGCACAUGGUGUGCCUCUUGUCGUGCGUUGUUCCCCAAGGUCUGCAUGAUUGCGGAAAAACACCCAGAGAUUGUUUUCAUUAAGGUGAACUUUGAUGAAAACAAGUCCUUGUGCAAAAGCUUAAAUGUAAAAGUCCUUCCAUAUUUCCACUUCUAUAGGGGAGCUGACGGUCUGCUGGAUUCCUUUUCUUGCUCUCUCGCAAAGCUACAGAAACUAAAGGAUGCAAUUGAAAAUUAUAACCCAGCUCAUGCAGAAGGAGAGCUGAAAGGCACUGGUGAUCCUAAACUUCCAUGAAGUUUAUGCAUAUGACAAGGAUGGGCAGUCCAAACCAUAUUCGAAUUUAUAAGUACGCAACCUGAUUGCAGAUUGCUAUGGGCUGUCACCUUCACAGCUUCUCUUCUAUAAUAUGCUAGAAAGCUGCACAUUGUUCUUUGUACAAAGCAUUCAUUUUUGCCACUGCUGUGAUCUAUCUCAUGUAAUAUAUGGUAAAAUUUCAAAAGUAAAUCUCUAUCCUAUGUGUUUUUAAGGAAGAAGGGAGUUCCAGAAUUUUAUUCUGUUCGAAAUCCAUGGAAAUGACAAUAACCUUGGAGACUAUUGCUCUCACAAUGUGCUUAUAUACAUA